AUGCUCCUGUGACUCUCCUUCCAGAGGAGGCCUGCUGGUCUCCCGGACCUCCUCCUCUCCAGAAUCCCGAUGUUCAGACGGAGAAAGCCCACCGGGGAUUUUACACAGAAACUCACCUGCGAGUUAGGAAGUAGAGGUGAGCUGUUGCCAUGGUGACAGAGCUGCGUGCUCGGAUCCGCACCUGUUUCCGCAUUCCGUCAUCGAUGUGCACGCGCGUGGAGGGGGCGGGAGGCAGCGGGCCGUGAAUGUGGUCGGAGCGUUGGACUGUGGAGGCGAAGAACAACUGUCGGUGCAGUCAGGCGGUCCGGUGGAACAGUCCGGUGGGUCCACAGCGGAGGAAGGAUCGGCAGCUUCCACGCGGUCAUGUAACUUCUCUAGGAGCAUGCUCAGGCAGUGUUGUGCUGGCUUCAAGUGGCAGGAGGUGUGAGGUGUGACAAAGGAUCAUGGGAGAUGGAGGACCUCAACAGACUGAGGGAAAUGCCCUCCUCAAAGCAGUUUUCCAGGGAAAGCUGAGACUGACCCGCCUGCUGCUGGAGGGCGGAGCUUACAUCAAUGAGGGUAAUGAGCGUGGAGAGACUCCCAUCUGUGCGGCCUGCUUGGCUGAGUAUGACGAUCCACAGACAAGGCAGAAAAUAGUCCGGUACCUGCUGGAGAAAGGAGCUGACCCCAACAUCCCUGAUAAGACCGGACGUACGGCUUUAAUGCAUGCCUGCGACAAGCAGGCGGGAAAGGAGGUGGUUUCUCUGCUGCUGGAGAAUGGAGCUGAUCCCAGCCUCAAGGACUACUCUGGCGCCUCAGCUCUUGUGCACGCCAUCAACAGAGAAGACCGUGACACACUGCAGGUGCUGCUAGAUGCCUGCAAAGCUAAAGGGAAAGAGGUGAUCAUCAUCACAACUGACACGUCUCCAUUAGGUACCAAGAAGACAAAACAGUAUCUCAACUCACCCCCCUCCCCAGGCAUUAUUGACAAGCUGUCUCCAGCCUGCAUGUCUCCUUCUGAAGUGGAGAUUUCCACCUCCUCACCUGCAGGACACCAAAGUGAAGGCAAGAACCAGAUCUUCAGUUUUGCACUAACUCCUGCAUUACCUUUACCUUCAACCCGGCCCCCAGGGGACAAAAGGCUGCCACCUCGUAAACUGCUGAAGAGACUUAACUCUGAGCCCUGGGGUUUGGUGGCCCCUUCGGUGCUGAGCAGCCUUUUUCAGGAACGAGUAGACUGUGGUCUGAAAGAGGAGAGCAGCCAUGAUGUCAGCACUGAGAUGAACGGUUUGAACAUCACAGAGCCAGUCAGACCUCUUCUGUCCAGACGGCACAGCAUUGAAACUCAUGACCCCUGCUCCCCUAAACCAAUUGACCGGUCUUGCUCUGAGGAUAGUGCUGCCUUAUCUGCAACCUCCUGGGCUGAAAAAGUCCAGCAGCAUCAAACCUUGUACCGCAGGAACACUGCUCCAGAGCCCCAGGACAAUGCUAUGGUGUCCCGGGCCCUGGCUCACCCAAAACUCACACGAAUGGAUCACUACGAGUCGGACACUCACCUCUCUCCAGAGUCCAUUCCAGGAUCACCGGACUCCGGACGGCUGUCUGUGGAGCGUAGGAGGUUAAACGCUUCCCCCCUGUCACUGGUUACAAGUUCAUCUAGGGAGUCCCUGGAAAACAUCCCUAACUCAGUGUCCCCCAUGAUCAUAAGGCGGCAUCCCCCAGGACUCUUGGAGCGCCGGGGAUCUGGAACCCUGUUGCUGGACCACAUGUCUCACACCAGGCAUGGUUUUCUGCCCCCACUUAACAUCAACCCACAGAGAACCAUUCCUGACAUCCGUGCAAAUGGAAAAGCAACGUCCCCAGUCCACUCAGGGCACAAGAUCUUGGUCCCAGUGGCACCAGCUUCACCAAAACGUGGUCCUGACUUCAAGAUGAAGAAAAAACUGAUGAGGAGACACUCGAUGCAGACGGAGCAGAUGAAACAGCUCUCCACCUUUCAAGAGAUUCUGGCGGAGAAGGUCUCCGAUUGUAACGGGGACUGAUGACCAAAGGAAGCGUUUUUGGUUUCUGCCAAGACUUUGUGUGAAAGAGUAUCGUUUCCUUUGGAUGACCAGUGGCUGCCAAAGAGCUCCUGGUCAAUGCAGAAGUUCAAACUAUAAUAAUAUGAAUGCACUUUUUACAGUUAACUGAAUUCUACUAAGUUCAUAUCAACAUGGCGUGGUGAAUUCCAACACAUGUUCUAUUGUCAUAUACAGAAACCCCUUUCAGGAGCUUGACAGGGAAUGUCCCCACAGUGCAGUAAGUGGUGAGACCAGUGCACUCAUGUGAAUGUGCUAACAUUAGUGCACUGGUCAACGUGUUAACAUGUUAAAAUGUGUUUUCAUUGAUCUUUUAAAAUGCCGUCUGAUUGAAAAUCUUGCAGAAAAGAAACAACUUUAUGUGAAUAAACUUUAUUAUCUUACAGAA